AUGGAGGACAAGAAAGUGGUUCUCGACAGCGGAAGCAGCGAAGAGCUCGAAAGGGGAUCCAAUUCCUACGACCCAGCUGCCACGAAGAAGUUGAUUCGCAAGAUCGAUCUGGUCUUGAUUCCAUGGCUGGCAUUUCUCUACUUACUGAGCUUCCUGGACCGCACCAACAUCGGAAACGCACGUCUUGCUGGACUGGAAGAUGACCUGGGAAUGUCAGGUCUCGACUACAAUGUCGCCCUUGCUAUAUUCUUCCCCUUUUACGUCGCAGCCGAGAUCCCCUCGAACAUCAUGAUGAAGCGCUCUCGACCGGCCCUCUGGAUCCCUACAAUUAUGCUGGCAUGGGGAAUUGUAUGCUCUCUCAUGGGCUUGGUGCAUAACUAUGCCGGUCUACUAGCUGCUCGAGCGGCAUUGGGUAUCGCUGAGGGUGGUCUCUUCCCUGGGGUAACCUUCUACAUAACGAUGUGGUACAGACGCCAUGAAUGCGGUCUUCGAAUGGCGAUAUUCUUCUCCGCUGCCACAGCAGCUGGUGCAUUCGGUGGCCUCCUUGCACGAGGUAUCGGCGAGAUGGACGGCAUAGGUGGUAAGGGGGGCUGGGCCUGGAUCUUCAUUAUAGAAGGUCUCGUUACGUUUAUCGUUGCUAUCGUCGCCUUCUUCAUAAUGAACGACUACCCCGACACAGCGAAAUUCCUGACAGCGUCCGAGAAAGCCGAAGUCGCACGUCGACUGGAAGAAGACCGCAGCUCGCUCGCAGAUGAAUACGACAUGAAGUAUUUCUGGCAUGCUGUGAAGGACUGGAAGAUCUGGGUGCAUAUGUUUAUCACCGUGGGGGUCUACACACCACUCUACUCUUUCUCGCUCUUCCUUCCCACUAUCGUCUCCUCGCUGGGAUAUGAGAAUGAGAAGGCCCAGCUCAUGACGGUCCCUCCGUACGUGGUCGCCUGCGUUUUCUGUAUCGGUGGAGGAUUCCUUGCAGAUCGCCAGGGCUCGCGUGGGCUGUCGAUGAUUUUCUUCAAUGUUGUUGCGAUAAUCGGCUUCAUAAUGCUAAUAUCCUCCUCAAAUAACGGCGUCAAAUACGCAGGAACCUUCUUCGCCGCCACCGGAAUCUACCCAAACGUCCCACAAGGCGUCGCCUGGAAUGGGAACAACAUCGGGGGCUCAUUCAAGCGCAGUGUCGGCAUCGCCAUGCACGUUGGCUGCGGUAAUCUCGGUGGUGUACUGUCCAGUUUCAUCUACCGCUCCCAGGAUAAACCGCAUUAUCGGGUUGGGCACGGCACGCUGAUUGGAUGUUUGACGAUGAGUACGAUACUGUGCACGAUUAUGACUGUGUAUCUGCGGAGGGAGAAUGCGAGGAGGGAUCGGGAGUAUAAACGACCUGAGGAGUACUCGGAGGCUGAGAGGUUGGCCGAGAGGGAGAGGGGGGAUUAUGCGACUUUCUUCCGGUAUACAAUUUGA